AAUCUAUGUUUAUCAAACCUACGUGAUCGUAUUGGAAAGAAAAAAACAACAACAACAUGGUUACGGACUCGGCGCCGUGGAAACAAAACGGCGAUACCUACUACAAAACGUGUACGACUAUCGUCGUAGUACAUAAUAUUAUGUUAUUAUCGCGCCGCCUUGAAAAAUUCGGCGAACGGAAUAAAGCACCUCCUCUUCGUGCAACCCAUCAUACCGACACUAACGUGUGUCAUAUACUCACAUACAGUUUUGUUUAGGCUAAAGAAAAAAACUCUUCAACACCGGCUCGACAAUGACCGCGAACAUGUUUUUCGGCUCGUCGGCGACCCUGGAAAUCGAGCCCAAGUUCGUGUUCGGCAUAAACAAAAUCCCGUCGGGAAACUGUCUGUAUUGGAAAAACGACGUGGUCGUGUACCCGGCCAUGUCGGUCAUCGUCAUCUACAACAUGAAAGAAAACACACAGAGGUUCAUCAACCUGCCCGAAGGACCGCGGAAAGUCAUCACGGCCAUGGACCUGAACCGCAGCAACCACGUUUUGGCGGUAGCGACGGUAGACGAGAAAGACAUAGCGGACGGGAUAGUGAGCGGCGACAGCGCGAAACCGGUGAUUAGCAUUUAUGAUCUGCGCACGUGCGAAUUUAAGCACGUGUUCCAGGAGCCGGACUACAACGACAACAACGAAGACGGCGAUGGCGAAGACGACGGAUCGCAAAAGACUUUUGGUCGGCGGUUCACUAAAAUUCAGUUUUUAUGGGACAAUAUAUUCGUGGCGGCUCUAGUCGUUGGCGGCCGCAACGGGUCGGACUGUACGCUGUAUUAUUACAGCUGGAGAAAAUCAACGGUCGAAACGUACGUGCGAAUCGAUGGACCCGUGUCUGACAUGGCAUUGAACCCGAUCGACACUGCAAUAUGUUGUUUCGUAGGCAAAGAGCUAUUCCGGUUGAUGACCAAACCAGAGAAGGAUUGGCAGCAAUAUGGUUUUCGCGAAGCUGACGGCAUACACUUUACGUGCGUUUGUUGGCUGUGCGGAGACAGGUGUUUGGCGGGUACCAUUGACGGUAAUGUUAUUCUGUUCAAGAACGGCGAUAUACAAGCUGUGUAUCGUGUUGACGCGAUCACUGAAAUCGACGUGACAACAAUAAUGACAGAGAUCCAACACCUAACCCUGACCACUUCUGCUAAUAUAUCAAGGAACAACGUCGUUCGGAGCUGUUUUACAUUCGAAUUUGGUCUGGUGCUGUUAGUUGGUGAUUUUAACAUCUAUCAUUUCCGGAAAAUGGACGAAGGACGAAGAUAUGAAAAAGCGGACAAGCUUAUCAAAGAAGAAUACCGGUACUUACAGCAGGAAGAAGUAAAGGACGAGUUACCAAUGCAUUACAUAGAGAGCGUAUGCAUUAGUCCCAACGGCAAGACAUUGACGUUUAUCACGAAACGGCCUCAACUGUACCAGUCACGUCUUACUCAACUGGUCGAAAAUGAUGACGAAUCGACGAUGCUUAAUUUGCCCAUCGUACCUGGACCAAUCGGCGUUGAUAUGCAUCAUGGCAUUGUGGAGAGUUUAUCGACGAGCUUGUGGAAACCGAUUCUAAUGACAUGCGGCAAAGUGGACUAUACUAUCAAAGUGUGGGACUAUGUGCAGUGCACGUUAAUUCUGUCCAAACACUACCCAAAACAGGUGUGCAUCGUUUCGAUGCACCCCACUGGGCUGUAUUCAUUAACAGCGUUUUCGGACCACUUGGCGUUCCAGAUGGUACAGAUGGACGAUCUAGUGCCGUUGAAAAUCUUCCCAAUCAGAAACUGCACUGCGGUCACGUUCAGUGGGUCCGGUCACAUGUUCGCCGUCGCUAAACCAGGUGCUAUAGAGGUCUACUGUUCACUAAAGUUCGCGAAAUGUUUUUCGUGCCUCGGACACUUGGGAACUAUUGAAAAGUUGGUCUGGUGCAAUUACGAUAUGAAUAUAGUCGCUUAUGACAUCUUUGGUGCCAUAUGUACAUUCGACACAAAAACGGGAAAAGUACUCACGCAUAUCGCUCCCUAUUCGGGAGCGGCUUACACGGAUUUGGCAGUUGCACAAGACGUUAAUCAAUUAUUCGUCAUUGCUAAGGACGGCAGUUUGAAAGAAGUCUACGACCGAAAGGUUAAACGUGAAGUGAAUUUUUAUGGAAUACCAUUGAAUGCAGUAUCAGUUUCUAAGUCAAAUUUAAUUUUAUUCAUAGCAGCCGAAAAUGGUGUUAUACUGACCGUAAUAUUACCUAUGGGAGUUCAAAUCGAAUACAAAGAAUUUAAAAUACACAGUCAUAGCGUCAAGAAGAUGUGUUUAGCAACAGAUGGUACAGUUUUGGUUUCUUGUUCUGAAGAUUCAAAUAUAUGUGUAUGGGAGGUGAAAAACACCGAGAAUAAAAUUAGAAAAAUUGAAAAACCGCAUGUAUGUACUGAUGACAUACUAGUUAACUUGUUGGAAUACGAUAAAUUGCACGAAAAUAUAAAGAAAAUUGAAGGAGCAGUGAAUAAAUUAGAGACAGAAAAUACAAUUAAUAUAAAUACAUUAAUAAAAGCAAAAGAACAGGAAAUUAACGAUGUAAAUAGAGAAAACACAACUCAAUAUUAUGAAACUAUAAAAAAAAAUGAAGAAGAGCAAGAAAAACAAAAUAAUUUGAUAAGUAAACUCAAAUUUGAGUUAAGUCAAUUAAGUGAAACGAAUGAGCAGAGUAUAAUCAAUUUACAAUCAUUUUAUAAUAAACAAUUAGUAAAAAAAUAUAAAAAAUUUUCAAUUCUUGAAAACCAUGGAUUUCAGUUGACUUCUGGGCUAAAAAAAAAUUUAGAAGCACAGCAAAAUAAAUUAGACACAGAGUUACAGGAGGCAGCAAGUAACUACGAGAAGAAGCGUAGACAAAAAUUUGAAGACAUAUUACAAUCGAAGGAAAAACUGAUUAAUGAAAAAAAUAACACUAAAAUGUUGGUAGGUGAUACUGAAAAUAAUGUAGAUGAAAAUGUUUUUAGUAUAAAAAAUAAAUUCACCGAUAAGCUGAAUAAUUUAAAAGACUUAUAUUCAAGUACUAUGAGUGCCUUAGCUGAGGACAAAAUUAAACAUAACUUGUAUAGACAAAGUAUUGAGGAGCUAAGGCGGUCAAUAGCACUCCUUGAAAAUGAUAUUGAGGAAUUAAAACUGGCGGCCACAAAAAAAAAAAAUAGAAUUUUUAUCUUAACAAGACUGAUAAAACAAUGCAAUGAUAUUAUACCGCAAAAAAAUAUUCAAAUUCUAGAUGUUAAGCAACAGAUGUCACUGCUAGUAAAAGAUUUAAAAGUGCUAAAGGAAGAUAUUAUUGAAUUAGAACAAACCACAGAACCAUUAGAAUUGGAAAUACAAGAAAUGAAAAAUUUAAACGAUCAAAUAGAAAUUAAACUCGAAGUUGAUAUUGAUGCAAUGAAAACUUUAAAUGUAUCUUUGGAAGAAUUAGUAAAAAAGAAAUUAGACACCAAAAAUGAACUAAUUGAUAAAAGAAAAAGUUUAGAAAAUUUGUCGAGUAUAAUUAAACAAAUGGAAAUUGAAUUACGUGUAGCUUCUCAGUAUUAUCAUAAUACAUUUGAAAAUAAGAGAUUAUUAACUGAUAUAUUCAAGAGAUAUGUGGGGGAAAUCGAGAUUCGUGAAAUCGAAGAAAAAGAAAUAAAAGGAAGAGAAGAGUUUUUUAAGCAGGAUGAUUUUUUGAAACGUCGCAUUAAUAGUUUGAGAGAUAUGUUACGUUCAUUUGGCAAGAAAAACGAAUUUUAUUAUUCAACAAUGGAAGAAAAUACGAAUCUUAUGAAGGAAAUUAAUGAUUUACGGAAGGAAGCUAGUAUCUAUUUAAACAAAUACAAUAAUUUAAAAUAUAUAUCGAAAAUGGAAGAAAAUAAAAAAAAACUCAAACGUAUACUAGAUUCAAAAAAAAAAAAAGAAAUCAAAUAAUUGUAAGUAAAAUAAAAGAAAUAUAUUAGUUUUGAGUAUAUUUCGUUGGUUAAAAGAAUGAAAUGAAAUGUUUUUAACUUUAGAAACAUUUAACUAAAACACGGUGGAAAAUAUUAAAAAUUAUAAAUAACGUAUAAAAACGGUUUAGGGAUGAUAUACCUAACACAUAAAAAUCUCGUGUCACAACAUGGAAAA